AUGAUCGCAGGCCAGCAUAGUAGUGCGACAGACAGAGCCUGUGCAUCAGUGUCGCAUCUUCGAGGAGGAGGAAGCUUGAGCAGCAGCAUGAUGUCUAGCGUUGCCUUCCUCUUCGGGCCCCGGCCACCCGAGCGGCUCGCAGCGAACAAGUGCCCGAGCAAGGAGAAGCAGAACACUUGUAACCGAAGGAUCCGAGAUCAGAAGCUGCGGCUGCCCUUUUGGUUGUCCUGGCUCUUCCGCCCCGGAUCACGGCAGACGGAGAACUUCCCGGAGCCGGCAGCGGCAGUGAUGCUCCAGGGUUUCGAUUGGGACCUCCUCUCAACGAGGAACGAGCUGUACAAGCUGCUGCACAAGAACAUCCCUUCCUUAGCUGCUGCCGGUUUCAACGUCAUCUGGUACCCCCCACCCUCUGCUAGCGCGGACUCGCAGGGGUAUCUACCAGGACGAUGGUACGAGAUCCCUCACAAGAAAGAGCUUCAACGAGCGAUCGAGCAAGGAGAGAAGUUCGGCAUCGUCAGCAUGGUCGACGUCGUGCUCAACCAUCGGACUGGCAGCAAGAUCAGCAAUCAGACUUUCGACUGGACGCGUUUCGAGCAGCCCGACUGGGAGGAGUGGGCCAUCGUACAGAACGACUGGAAGUGUCCUCCUGAGGAGCACCUGAAGUACUGCCCUGAGAACUGCACGUGCGGAGGGCUAGACACUGGAGAGAACGCUUGCUUCGCCCCUGACAUCGACCAUACGUCCCCGAGGGUGCAGGCUGACAUCGAGGCCUGGCUAUCCUGGCUGCAAGAAGCCAUCGGCUUCCAUGCUUUCAGGUUCGACAACACCAAAGGAUACUCCGGGAAGUUUGUGGCCAAGUACAUCGACUCUGCCCAACCCUACAUGAGCGUCGGGGAGUUCUUUGACACUAACAGGGACCUCCUGGAGUCUUGGAUCAAGGAGAGCGAGGGGAAGGCGAAAACGUUUGACUUUGGACUUCGUUACAAGCUCAAAGAUGCUAUCCACCAGGACGACUAUUCUCACAUCAUGGACACCUUCUUUGGUCCCAUGAUAUGGUACGCUACAGACAGCUCAGUCUCGUUCCUGGACAACCAUGACACCGCCGGGUUGCUCAAGGAUCGUUUCGGGACCGACGAUCAGAUCGCCAUGGGCUAUGUCUUCAUUCUCACCCACCCUGGCGUCCCCUGCGUGUUCUGGCAGGAUUGGUUUGGAAGCAACCAGCGCACGAUCCGCGACCUUAUCGCUCUCAGGCAGAGGGCCGGUAUCACCGCGCACAGCAGCUGGAAGGUGGAGGCUGCGACCAAGGGACUGUACGCAGGAUACGUUGGUGACAGUCUAGCUGUCAAGCUUGGGGGUGGGGAGUGGAGCCCUAACACAGGGAAAGCCACAAGAGAAUGGGAGCGAGGAGCGUCGGGGAAGAACUGGUGUGUGUGGAUCAGGUCAAGCUCGAACGACAAGGACAAGUUGCAGCCACUCGAUGGACAACGAUUCGUCGUGUGA